AUGGGUGUGACGAAAUACGGUAUAGCGCGCGCCAUCUAUGAUUCAAGUACGCAGCCGAUCGCGAAACUAGGGAUACCCAUUGGGAAAGGAAAAGUGCUAAACCGGGAAGAGCCGGUGAUGCCAUUUUCUGAUUUUGUUUCAAGAAAGUACCUGUCUAGAACAUCAAUUACAAUGAUGAAGAAUGUAUCAAUGGUGUCUGGUCAACCGAGUGCAGGAGAUGCUAUGAGUAAUGGCAACAACUACAAUCUUUCAUUUCCAGCUUUGCCAGUUUUGAAGACUCUGGAGACAAUUGGGACUGCACAAUUUAAAAAACGGAGUAAUUUUAAAUCUUCAACGAUAAUUACUAUACCUGCCCAAGAUAGACAUUGGGACAGGAAUAGUCAAUUAGAGCAUGAAAAAUGUAAGGAAGCAUAUAUGAAAAUUGGGAAAGAGUAUAAUGUAGGAAUAGAGAUUUGUGUUUCAAAAACCAUGGAUCUGACUUUACAAAUCAGCGGCAAUAGAGUUAAUGUUGAACGAGCAAAACAAAAGAUUAUCACAAUCGAUCAAACUCAAAUUAAAACUACUACUACACCGUUUCCAAAAGAACAUCGAAGUACGUUAUUGGGCAAACAAGGACUUAAUCUUAAGAAUAUUGAAAAACGUACAGGAGCACGUCUUCAAAUACCGUGUAUGAAAAAUUCGGCUGACAUAAUUUAUAUAACUGGAACAAAGGAUUCCACGAAAAAAGUAGUACAAAAUGGCUGGAAUGAAUAG